AUGAGCUUUUUUUCAAGAGAUACAUUUGACCGUUCGAUUUCAAAGUCCCGAGAAAAAGAACGUCGCUCGACAAUAUCGCACGCUCGAUCAUCAGCACCGUUUUCAACAGAUUCCGAAGUGGAACAAACGAAGAAAAAUAAGUUGUUAGAGCAACAUCAAGAUAUGGAAAUCCCAAUUCAUGAAGAAAGUGAAGUGGCCAAAGUAGCUCGUCAAGAAACGCUUGAGUAUUGUCGAGACAAGUUGAUCAUUAAACCAAAGAAGAUGCCUCAUGAUCAGAAACAGCGGAAGAUAUCAGAAGGAGUCACAAAGCAACGAUCAGACUAUCCAACCAUGGAAGACAUAUGUAGUGAUUGGGAAUCAUAUGAUGAGGCAGAACAAAUGACCAAACAACCAGAAACGAAGGCCUGUCAUGAGCUGACGAAGCCUCUCCUACUACAGCAGCAAAAUCAGAAACAGAAAGAACAAUCUCAGUUGCAGCAGCAACAACCUUUACAAUAUCAUCAAAGUGUAUAUUAUAAUCAACAUUAUCAAACUAUACAGAAUCAUGGCAAAAUUCAACAACGUCAGUUACCCAAAAAGAGCCAUCUUGUGUCGCAUAAGAAUGAAUCAAUCAGAAAACACCAAUCGAAGAUGAUGUCAAAUCCAUGUUUGAAACCUAACAAAUAA